AGGAGAAGUUUGCACAAUACCGUCAGUUUGUGUCACGGCGUUCAUCAAGAUUCAAGUGCAUCGAAAUGACUUUCAAGGCCGCACUAGUGACGUUAGCUUGUUUGGGUUGUCUGGCGGCGCAAAAAAUUCAAGAAAAGAGACAAGUCAUCAGCAGCAUAUCCGAAAAUCAGGAUAACUUGCCCGCAGAGACCGGAUUCACGAAUCCAGCACCAGUUCAAGCAGCAGCAGCACAUCAAGGGAGCAAAUAUUUUCAAUACAUACACGUACCUGCGAAAGAUCACGUAGACCAUGGACACAAAAUGGGAAAUGAACACCAUUUCAUAGAGCGCCAUGAGAAAGAACACCCACAUGCUGGAGAAUUCAAAACAAAAGUCAGAUGGGGCGACAAACACGGAGGCUACGGCGAGCACUACUGGGACUACAAUCACGCUGGCCAUGACAAUGAUGGCGACGGCGAGGGAAGCCACCAGAACGCCGAAUACGCCGAAUACGAAGAAGAAUCCAAGAUAGUGCCGAUCGAAAUCGAACGCAACCAGCGGGGCAAGAGACAGCAAGAGUUGUUGAAAGACGUCGAGUUCAUCGACGACAAAGCCAGAUCGCUGAUUCUGGAAAGCGACGGCGUUCAGAAACAUGGGGGGAACUACAGAAGAGGGAAGGAUUAUAGGAGGAAGCGGGAACAGAAGCAGAGGAGCUUCGGGGAGGGCUUAGUGUUCGAUGCGGAUUUGGGGGUGAUAAUUGAUGAGAAAACAGGUGUUAGGUAUAACUUGAGUCCCAUUCCUAAAUUCGGAAACUGAAUACAAUACAUUGUAGAAUUCAACACUGGAAACUACCCAUACCAUUUGUUUGUUUUUAGCCAAAUACAACCAAGUAUAUAUAGUGUACGAUAGUUACUAUUUUUAUUUAUACAUAUAUUUUUUUAUACUUCUGUUACGUAACAUAUUUUUAGUAAGUAUACCUAUGUACAUUGUUAACUAGUUUUUAAUAUACACUUUUUUUAAUUGAUUUACUCAUCUAUAGUUUCUUCUUCAAGCAUAUCAAGUACCGUAAAAUGAGGCGACUUGUAAUUAGGGAAAGAUUUGAAAUAUCCGUUUGCGCUCGAACUCAACCACGUGCUACCUUACCAUCUUUCUAUCAACAGUAAAAGCUGUGUUGUCCAUUUCAAUACCAAAAUUAGCUCUUGAAUUGACGUUUAUAUUACUGAUACAAACAGGUAUGUUGCAACACAUUUAGUUAUAGGAACUAAAAAUGAUGUACUAGAGGUCAUCAAGAAUGGACAACUUUGCUUUGGUUAUUUGGGUUGGGACGCAUACUUGAUUUAUUUCCGAUUUCGCCAGAUUUGGCAUUGCAUAUGCAUACCCAUGC